CUUGGGUAUGCAACUGAUCAGUCAGGCUUUGUAGCAAGCUUGUUUGCUUCUCAGCUCGUAGGCUGAAUAUUCUUUUGAUUUUGUUUCCUAAUAUCGUUUGCUGUUUUGGGGGGGGCUGUAAAGCUUCUUGGUUCCCAAUGCAGAUCCUCCCGGGUCGUGGAGGAGCACUUGUGUGCUUCUUGGUGUCGUUCUUGCUAUUUGUAGCAAGUUUCUGCAAUGCUGAUGGUAAAACGGUGGAGGUCGUCGGGGUUGGAGAAUGUGCAGACUGCGCAGAGAAUAACUUCGAGACAAGCCAGGCAUUUUCAGGGCUUCGCGUAACCAUAGACUGCAAGCCAGAGAAAGGAGAGUUCAAAACACGAGGGUCUGGCGAGCUUGACAAAGCAGGGAACUUCAAAGUAUCUCUUCCUCAGGACUUGGUUAAAGAUGGCAAACUGAAGGAAGAAUGCUAUGCGCAGCUUCACAGUGUAUCAGCUGCAGCUUGCCCUGCCCAUGAAGGCCUGGAGUCCUCCAAGAUAGUCUUCAAGUCCACGAGUGAUGAGAAACACAGCUUUGGGCUGAAAGGAAAGCUGAAAUUUUCACCAAUAACAUGUGCCUCAGCCUUCUUAUGGCCUCACUUUAAGCACCCUCCACUGCCCGAGUUGCCAGUUCCGCCAGUGAAAAGCUUCCACCACCCACUAUUCCCUCCAAUCUACAAGAAGCCUCUCCCGCCACCAAUCCCAAUAUACAAACCCCCACCAGUUCCGAUAUACAAAAAACCACUUCCUCCUCCAGUUCCAGUUUACAAGCCUCCCGUUUAUAAACUUCCUCCAGUUCCAGUAUACAAGAAGCCACUUCCCCCUCCAGUUCCAGUCUACAAGCCUCCAGUCUAUAAACCUCCUCCAGUUCCAGUAUACAAGAAGCCACUUCCUCCCCCAGUUCCAGUAUACGAGAAACCACUUCCCCCUCCAGUUCCAGAAUACAAGCCCCCAGUCUAUAAACCUCCUCCAGUUCCAGUAUACGAGAAACCACUUCCUCCCCCAGUUCCAGUGUACAAGCCCCCAGUCUAUAAACCUCCUCCGGUUCCAGUAUACGAGAAGCCACUUCCCCCUCCAGUUCCAGUUUACAAGCCCCCAGUCUAUAAACCUCCUCCGGUUCCAGUAUACGAGAAACCACUUCCUCCCCCAGUUCCAGUUUACAAGCCCCCAGUCUAUAAACCUCCUCCGGUUCCAGUAUACGAGAAGCCACUUCCCCCUCCAGUUCCAGUUUACAAGCCCCCAGUCUAUAACCCUCCUCCGGUUCCAGUAUACGAGAAACCACUUCCUCCCCCAGUCUAUAAACCUCCUCCAGUUCCCGUAUACGAGAAGCCACUUCCCCCUCCAGUUCCAGAAUACAAGCCCCCAGUCUAUAAACCUCCUCCGGUUCCAGUAUACAAGAAGCCACUUCCUCCCCCAGUUCCAGUUUACAAGCCUCCAGUAUAUAAAGCCCCUCCAGUUCCGGUCUACAAGAAACCACUUCCUCCCCCAGUUCCAAUCUAUAAACCCCCUCCAGUUCCGGAAUAUACGAAACCACUUCCUCCUCCAGUUCCAGUUUAUAAGAAGCCACUUCCUCCACUUCCAAACAUUCCUUCAUUCCCUAAGAAGCCAUGCCCUCCCCUUCCUAAGCUUCCUCCUCACCCCCCAAAGCAUUUCGACCACCCUAAGUUUGGAAAAUGGCCUCCACUGCCACCAUUUGCUCCUCAUCAGCCUUAAACUCUUGCAGUGAUGGUGAAUGUAGAGUGAAACUGUUUUAUGCAAUUAAUGAAGGUUAGUGUGAACAAGUUCCCCGCACAACAAUAAAAGUCUUUGAAGGAGAGACAAUACAAAUGAAGAAAACAGAAAAAAAAAAGUUUAAAUUAAAGAGCGGGGAAGAAAGAAUUGUGCUCAUUGUUAAUUUCUUAGUUAUAUUAGAUAAAUUAAGUUGGAGUUGUGUGUAUUGUUUCUGUUACUUGGUGAUUUGAAUGCGUGAAUUCCUAAUUUUCUAUUGCAACAAUAGUACAUUAAACUUU